AUGACUCAACAAAAGGGCUUCCAGUUCGCAAUAGACCGGGGCGGCACCUUUACCGAUGUGUAUGCUCGUUGCCCCAGCGGCAAAGUCCGCGUGUUGAAGUUAUUGUCCGUCGACCCACAGAACUAUGAUGAUGCUCCCAGAGAAGCUAUUAGGAGAAUAUUGCAGGAGGAAACAGGUAAUGCCCUAGAUAAAAACGGCAAAGUGAACGCGUCACUCAUCGAAUCAAUACGCAUGGGUACCACAGUAGCUACCAACGCGCUCCUCGAGAGGAAAGGAGCAAAGAUGGCGCUGAUCAUCAACAAGGGGUUCAAAGAUCUGCUGUACAUUGGCAACCAGGCUAGACCUAAUAUAUUUCAACUGAAUAUAAAACGGCCAGGAGUCCUAUACUCUGAAGUCAUUGAAGUAGACUGCCGUGUUAUACCAGCUUUAGAAGACCGCUGCCAAAUGGAGAGAGAAAAGAAUUGGAAAGAAGUAUGGGGUACCACAGGAGAGAAGAUGUUGGUAAUAAAAGACUUGGAGGAAGAUGUUAUACGAAGAGAGUUACAAGGGUUGAAGAAGAGAGGAAUUGAGAGUGUAGCGGUUGUAUUGGCUCAUAGUUAUACUUAUCAUGAUCAUGAAGUGAGAAUUGGGAAGAUUGCUGACGAAAUAGGUUUCAAACAAGUAUCUCUAUCUCACGCUGUAACAUCAAUGGUCCGAAUAGUACCGAGAGGUUUCACAGCUUCAGCAGACGCCUACCUCACUCCUCACAUUCGGGAGUACGUUAAAGGGUUUGCCGAUGGCUUUACUGAUGGCUUGAGGGAUGGGAACGUAUUGUUUAUGCAAUCUGAUGGUGGUCUUACUCCAAUGAAUAUGUUCAACGGAUCAAGGGCAAUACUCUCUGGGCCUGCAGGAGGCGUAGUCGGUUAUGCGAUGACGUCAUAUAAUAAAGAAACCGGGUUGCCUGUCAUAGGAUUCGACAUGGGUGGCACUUCGACAGACGUAUCCCGAUAUGCUGGUUCGUUGGAGCAUGUCCACGAAGCUACCACAGCUGGAGUCACCAUACAAGCACCUCAACUAGAUAUUAACACCGUAGCCGCAGGAGGUGGAUCCAUGCUGAUGUUCAGGUCGGGGCUGCUCGUUGCAGGACCUGAGUCGGCAGGGGCAGAACCUGGCCCUGCUUGUUACAGGAAAGGCGGACCGUUGACAGUUACUGAUGCUAACUUAUUACUUGGUCGCCUGUUGCCCGAAUAUUUCCCAAAGAUAUUCGGUCCUUCUGAAAAUGAGCCACUUGAUAAAGAAGCGACUGUCGCUGCGUUUAAGAAGAUGACAGAUGAAAUUAACUCGUUUUUGAGACAAGACGGAGGGAAAGAGAUGACUAUGGAAGAAGUCGCAAUGGGAUUCCUGAACGUUGCUAAUGAAGCCAUGUGCAGGCCUAUUAGGGCUCUGACGACGGCCCGCGGGCACGACGCGUCUCAGCACGCGCUGGCGUGCUUCGGCGGCGCGGGCGGGCAGCACGCCUGCAGCGUCGCCAGGCAGCUCGGCGUCACCUCCGUGCUCAUACACAAGUAUGCCGGUAUCCUCUCAGCGUACGGUAUGGCCCUCGCACACAUAGUACAAGAAGCCCAGCAGCCUGCCGCGGCUGUCUACUGCAAGGACAACUUUGAGAAACUCGACCAACAGCUGGAUGUACUAGCGGCCGUCACGAGAGAUAAACUUAGGAAGCAGGGUAUCCCCGACUCGCAGAUAGUGACGGAACCAUACUUACACCUGCGCUACCAAGGUACAGACUGUGCCCUGAUGGUGGCGCCACUGGCCAACGACUCCCCUACAGGCUGCAAACAUGGCGAUUUCUAUACGGCGUUUGUUAAUAGAUACAAGAACGAGUUCGGCUUCACUUUAGUGGACCGUGACGUCAUAGUGGACGACGUGCGCGUGCGCGGCGUGGGGAUGAGCGCGGUGCCUGAGGAAGUGGCUCCCCCUAGUGGGAAAGGAACCACACCUGUUCCUGAGAAGUCGGUGAAAGUAUACUUCGAAGGUGGAUACCAAGACACGACGAUAUACUUGUUGGAGAAACUGAAGCCAGAGCAGACCAUCUCAGGACCUGCUAUCAUUAUGGACAGCCUGUCUACUAUACUCGUAGAACCAGAUUGCCGCGCCGAAAUUACGAAAUUUGGGGAUAUCCGCAUUACUAUUGGAUCUGGUCAACCUAAACGAGUCACCACUGACCUGGACUCCAUUCAACUAAGUAUCUUCAGUCAUCGCUUUAUGUCUAUAGCUGAGCAGAUGGGCAGGGUGUUGCAGCGUACAUCGAUCUCGGUGAACAUCAAGGAGCGUCUGGACUUCUCGUGCGCGCUGUUCGGUGCGGACGGCGGGCUCGUGUCCAACGCGCCGCACAUCCCCGUGCACCUCGGCGCCAUGCAGGAGACCGUGCAGUACCAGAACCGGGCGAGAGCUCGUGUCCAACGCGCCGCACAUCCCCGUGCACCUCGGCGCCAUGCAGGAGACCGUGCAGUACCAGGUCAGCUGUCUUGUAACAGAACCGGGCGAGAGCUCGUGUCCAACGCGCCGCACAUCCCCGUGCACCUCGGCGCCAUGCAGGAGACCGUGCAGUACCAGAACCGGGCGAGAGCUCGUGUCCAACGCGCCGCACAUCCCCGUGCACCUCGGCGCCAUGCAGGAGACCGUGCAGUACCAGGUCAGCUGUCUUGUAACAGAACCGGGCGAGAGCUCGUGUCCAACGCGCCGCACAUCCCCGUGCACCUCGGCGCCAUGCAGGAGACCGUGCAGUACCAGAACCGGGCGAGAGCUCGUGUCCAACGCGCCGCACAUCCCCGUGCACCUCGGCGCCAUGCAGGAGACCGUGCAGUACCAGGUCAGCUGUCUUGUAACAGAACCGGGCGAGAGCUCGUGUCCAACGCGCCGCACAUCCCCGUGCACCUCGGCGCCAUGCAGGAGACCGUGCAGUACCAGAACCGGGCGAGAGCUCGUGUCCAACGCGCCGCACAUCCCCGUGCACCUCGGCGCCAUGCAGGAGACCGUGCAGUACCAGGUCAGCUGUCUUGUAACAGAACCGGGCGAGAGCUCGUGUCCAACGCGCCGCACAUCCCCGUGCACCUCGGCGCCAUGCAGGAGACCGUGCAGUACCAGAUGAAAGUCCGCGGCGAUUCCCUGAAGCCUGGUGACGUUCUACUCGCAAAUCACCCUAAAGCUGGCGGAUCUCAUUUACCCGAUCUGACUGUGAUAACUCCGGUCUUUCAUAAGUCUAGCAACCGGCCAAUAUUCUUCGUGGCAUCCCGCGGCCAUCACGCAGACAUCGGUGGUCUCACUCCAGGGUCCAUGCCUCCCCACUCCGUCAGCUUGGCUCAAGAAGGAGCUGCCUUCAAGUCAAUGCUGUUGGUGGACGGCGGGAAUUUCAAGGAAAAGAAACUCACAGAAGAACUGAUGAGACCCGGCAAUGAGCCAGACUGUUCCGGCACCCGUAACUUAGCUGAUAACCUAUCAGACUUGAAGGCACAAGUAGCAGCUAACCAAAGAGGCAUUCAGCUGGUGGGUGAACUGAUAGAUGAGUACGGGCUUGACGUGGUCCAAGCUUACAUGACACAUAUUCAGAAGAAUGCUGAACUCGCCGUCAGGGAUAUGCUGAAGGAAAUAGCAAACAAUGCGCUUGUGAAAACUGGGUCAGCAGUACUCAAAGCUACUGAAUAUAUGGAUAAUGGAACGCCCAUUACACUCACUGUCACCUUGGAUAAGGAGCAAGGCAGUGCCGUCUGCGAUUUUACUGGGACUGGUGUCGAAGUGUGGGGUAAUCUGAAUGCUCCUCGUGCUAUCACACUUUCUGCUCUCAUCUACUGUCUACGGUGCAUGGUUGGACAUGACGUGCCUCUGAACCAGGGUUGCCUCAAUCCAGUGAAAGUGAUAAUCCCGUCGGGUUCCAUCCUGGACCCGUCCGAAGGCGCCGCUGUCGUCGGUGGCAAUGUGCUCACAUCACAACGUAUAGUAGAUGUUGUCUUAAAAGCUUUCCAGGUAUGUGCAGCAUCUCAGGGUUGCAUGAACAACUUGACACUGGGCGAAAAGGACUGGGGAUAUUACGAAACUGUUGCUGGCGGAAGUGGAGCUGGUCCGGGCUGGCAUGGUUCGGGAGGUGUUCACACACACAUGACAAACACUCGAAUCACGGAUGUUGAAAUUGUUGAGAGGAGAUAUCCUAUGCUUGUUACUAAGUUCUCACUGAGAUCUGGAUCUGGCGGCAAAGGUCGUUGGCAUGGCGGCGACGGCGUGUCCCGUGAGCUGGUGUUCCGCCGCAGCGUGCAACUGUCGGUGCUGACGGAGCGCAGAUCCUUCCAGCCCUAUGGGAUGAAUGGUGGCGAACCAGGGGAGCGAGGUCUGAACUUACUUCAACGCGUGGAUGGAAGGUUGAUCAACCUCGGGGGUAAAGCUUCGAUACAUGCAUAUCCUGGAGAUAAAUAUAUCAUGAACUCCCCUAGCGGUGGUGGCUAUGGCCUUCCUACCGACGCCAAAGACACAACUGAACACAGAAGACAAGAGCGCAGCGAGUUUCUAGAAAGAGGCAGCGUGUUCGAAUACCGUAGCGCACAAGAAUCUGUCUAG